GUCAGGAUGGUCCACACUUCCCGCCACAAACUCUCUAGGCCUCAGCCUAAAGCCUGGAACAUGAAACCUGGUGCAACCUACUGGAAAGUUCCUGCAGGCAGCAGUUCCAACUAUGACAACGGUUUCCCCACUGGACACCAUGAGUUGUUCACCACCUACAGUUGGGAUGACCAGCAAGUUCGGCGGGUUUUCAUCAGAAAGGUCUACACCAUCCUGCUCAUCCAGCUGCUGGUGACCUUGGGUGUUGUGGCUCUCUUUACCUUCUGUGACCCCAUGAAGGACUACGUCCAGGCCAACCCAGGCUGGUACUGGGCAUCCUAUGCUGUGUUCUUCGCCACCUACCUGACCCUGGCUUGCUGUUCUGGACCCAGGAGACACUUCCCCUGGAACCUGAUCCUGCUGACCAUCUUUACCCUGUCCAUGGCCUACCUCACUGGGAUGUUGUCCAGUUACUACAACACCACAUCUGUGCUGCUGUGCCUGGGUAUCACGGCCCUCGUCUGCCUCUCAGUCACAGUCUUCAGCUUCCAGACCAAGUUUGACUUCACUUCCUGCCAGGGUGUGAUCUUCGUUCUGCUCAUGACCCUCUUCUUCAGCGGACUCAUCCUGGCUAUCCUCCUACCCUUCCAAUAUGUACCCUGGCUCCACGCAGUCUACGCCGUGCUUGGAGCGGGUGUGUUUACCUUGUUCCUGGCAUUCGACACCCAGUUGCUGAUGGGUAACCGACGCCACUCGCUGAGCCCUGAGGAGUAUAUAUUUGGAGCCCUUAACAUUUAUCUGGACAUCAUCUAUAUCUUCACCUUCUUCCUGCAGCUUUUUGGCACCAACCGGGAAUGAGGAGCCCUCAUCACCCCAGCCCUCUCCUCCAGAAAAUGCCCCUUCUUGGUCCCUAAUGCUCCCUGUGCUCCCUCCAGACCAGACAUAAACUCGCUGCUGCCAGCCUGUGGCCAGCGCUCAGUCCCUCAGCCAGCCUCACGCACCCUCUGCAGCCUGUACAUUCGCCACCUUUGGGUGCCAAGGAACUGAGGCCACACCACCCCCUGUGCCACACUCCUCUCAAUUAUGUCUCUCAACUAGGAAGUCAAGGCUGAAGGACCCCUGGGUUGGAGGACCCAAGGGGCAGUGGGAGGAGCCCAGCAGGGCCUCAGAGUUGGGAAGGAGACCCCAGGGAGCCUAGCUGAGGCCUGUGCCACACCAAGAUUCCUCCUGGGGCUGGAGGGACCCUGGACCACACUGUCCUGUGUCCAACCUACCCCUUCCUGCUCUCUUCCGGGCCACACAGUGCCACUUUGGAAGGGGAGGAGCACCGUGCAGUCUCCCACCCUCUCUCAGUUCUGGGAUCAGCACUUGAGGACUUGGGCCCUGCUGAAAGGGACAGGAGUCAGUACUUCUGAUGUUUGCAAAUUUGCCCUCCUGAGUCAGGACAGGGCACUGUGGGGAGGAGGUAGGGGCAGGGGGCCCUGCUCCUCAAUGAGGGUCUGGCCAGGACUCCCACCCCAGGAAGGAAGCAAGAGAGCCAACUGGGGAGACCAGGCCUCUCAGUAGCGGCCACUACCCAGACCUGCAUCCACUCAGGAGGCGUUUAGGGUUGAAGAACUAGAACCCACAUCGCCACCUUAUCAGCCCCACCUGACUGCUCUCCCAGGUCUAAGGAAGAAUGAGGUGUGCUGGGGUCUCUAGCUGGUGUUCUGGGGAGGAACCAGCUCUGGGUUCUAGGCCAGCUGCACGUGGAGGAACCUGCCCUGCCCCAGCCCUACCUGAGGCUAUGCCUGCUCCCACUCCCACUUCUCAUUUCCUAAGACCGCCUCCACCUACUGCCGCUUGCUGGCUUAGGCCAGUCAGGUCUCCUAGGGCCUUAGAAGGGGCAGUGUCAGCCCCCACCCCUGCUUCCCUGGCCACUCACUCAGCCCAGAGUCCCCAGGGAACCCCUCCAUCUCCACGUCUCUCCAGGUUGGAGGCUGGCCAGCUGCUGCUAACAGCCAGGGUCAGUGCCUCGAGCUGGCCCCAUGCGAGGAGCCCAGGCUCCUUAUCAGCCCCAAGGCAGUUGGAUCUCAGGCAGGGUGUGCGUCAGCUGCCCGCUCCUGGCUGAGUCAGGGGCCCACACCUGGGGCAGUGCGCAGCCAAUAUGCGGCCAACUUUGGGCCAGUGGAAAGUUACUGAGUGGAGGCAAGGAGGCUCUGGGCAGAUACCAGAACCCUCCCUUAGCCUCGAAUUUCAGGGCUCUCCUCUUCUUCGAAUGCCAGGGGCUCUGUCUGCCCCUAGAAAAAGGUAACUAACUAGGUAUGUUAUCAAUCCACUCCUGACCCCACCCUCCCCCACUUUCCUACUUCUAGCUUUCAAGAAAUAUUACAGAAGUAUUUGAAGUUUUGUUCCAUCUUGGGUAUUUGAGGAGAGAAGCAGCCAAGGACCAGCAGGUGAUAUGUGUGGGGUAAAGGCAACUGGGGCAUGGAGGAGGUGCCCACUGUGCAUUGGUCUAAAUUAAUCCCUGCAGCAGUGCUACAAAGGCAGUGUUCUGCACAUCCCUGUUUUAGAGGGCAAAGCCCAGAUGCUCAGAAAGGCUUAGUAAUGAGUCCAAGGUCAGACAGUUAGCAGUGGUGGGUCUGGGCGUCACACCCAAGGUGGCCUCACUCAGAAAGCCGUCUUGAGAUUGGGGGGUGUGGCUUAGUGGUAAAGUGUUUGCCUGGCAUGCAGAAGGCCCUCGAUUCAAUCCCCAGCAACAGAGACGCACGCACGCACACACAGAACAAAAGGUCGUGCAGAUUUUUUCCAGUCUCAGUGAGCUGACUGGGCCUGGAAAGAGAGUAUGGGAGUCCAUAAGCCCAGAGCAGCACCUGGCCUUGUGUUCCCCCCUACACCUACUACAUUCUGAAGUAUGAAAUUUUCACCCCCUGAACACCAGCUGCAAGGCAGGAUUUCUGUUUUUGAUUCCUGCCCUCAGUACCAUCGGGACGAUGGUAUUAGCAUACCAAAUAUUUCUUGCUGUCAGUUUUCCUAUCUUUAAGAUAGAAGUCUGUAGCCAGUAUGGAGCAGGGAGAAGCACCAGGAUGUUUAUUUCCAGUGGCUUCUUGGCCCCCUAAGCCCCCUUAGCAUCCUUUCCUAAUCUCUGGCCUCAAGUUCUAGAAGGGUUUGCCACCCCCAUCCCCCUUUGGGCUGUCGUUCUCACCCUGGACAGCUUCCCACUUGUCUAAAUCCUCCUCUUCAUUGGAUAAUUCAUACAAAAAUGGAGUUGAGUAAAUUUUCCAAGGCUGGGAUCCAAAAGAUUGGGGGAGAGGCAAGCCCUCAGCCAUCAAUAAGGUGACCCAGGCACAAAUUGUAGCAAUCUCAAAGCUUGCUCCUGGGUGGAGGCAGAGGCCACAGAAAGAUGCUGCAGCCGCCUGUGUUGGAUCCUGAGCACCAUCCAUCCGGGAACUGCUAAGCUGACUACAAAGCUAGAGCUUAAGCCUUGUGUCUAACCUCUGAUCCAGGCAGUGAGGCAUUCCAGGAACACCUGAUGGGUCUUGGAAGGAGGAAGGGUGGGGAAGAGGAAUGCAGGAUUAUGUGGAAUGCAGGAUUACAGGAAACUGAAGCUGGGCAGGUGCUACACACUAUGGAGGAGGAAGGGUGCUGACCCCUCACAUUUUUGACCUGGGUGGGGCUGGACCCAAGAAGAGGUAGGCUGGAUUUUAUAAAGCUAGAAAGCACCAGAAUCUACCAGAAGUCUCCUAAUGGGAAGCCAGAAGUCUCCUACUGGGAGGAAGUGGCUGGCUGGGGCCCAGGAAGCAUACACAGGUCCCUGCCUCCCCACACCAACUCCUGGGCCUACGUGUUAGGCUCCUCCUGCAUAGCUAAGAAUCUCACUUCUUCCAUUUCUGGGAGAGACAGGAUCAGACACACACUUUCCUUCCCUGGCCCACCUGAGGACAAGUCCCCGGUGGCCUGUUGGGGGGUGGGGGUGGCGCCUAGGCCUUAACACAAGCGCUUUGCUGCCUCUCUGUGGCUUCUUGAGAAAAAGCAGGAGCUGGUUCUACAGUCACUGUGGCUGCGGAUGAGGGGAGGGACCCGGCUGUCAGCCCUCCUUCCCCAGGUCUCCCAGACCUGUCCUCUCAGCGCCAUCUCUUGGAUACUUUCCCUGUCUGCUGAAAACCAGUCCUUGCCGCCCCAGCCCUCAGCUGUUCCCAGAUAUUUGAGAGACUUAUGGACUUGCCUGUCGACCCCAGACACCACUGCCAUCCUUCCGGCCUCAGCUCCAAGCCCUCCAGGGUCCCAUGCCUGUUCUCUCCCUCAGCUUCCUGGCA